GUGAUCGCGUUUCCAUCCUGUCGACGAGUUGCAAGAACGGGAGGUAUCUUUUCGCAGAAAAUUGCUCAUUUUUCAGUUUAAAACCGUUCAAAAAUAGUGCGAUUCGGUAGUACAAUUGCCAGCGCUGUAAUAUUACUAUCUGUCGAAGCGAAUAGUUCGGGAAAUUUUGUGAUAUUCGCGAUUUUGUUUGACUGACGGCGCUCGGGAAAAAAAGUAGCAGCGAAAAUUCUGCUCAGUAGUGUGCGUGAAAGAUCGGCGUCGUAUCGAGGAGCAGAAGAUUCGAAACAGUACGAGCUGUCAAAUGUUUGUCGCUUCCACGUUCGCUUGGUAGGAAAAAAUAAAACAUUGUUUAUUUGGUUGCCGCUGGUAUUGUUUACAAUACCCUAGAAGAAAGAAGCUUGUAUAGGAGCAAGUUCUCACAGAUUUUUGUAUCAUUUGUUCGGGCAGUUACGUGCGAAAUAUUGCAUCUUCAGUGCAGACAUUGUAAACCAUUCGCCAGGAAUUACUAGAGCUUAACGAUGUCCUACCCGUCGAGACCGCCGCCGUCGAUUGUGCCGGCGGGAAUGCCCUUUGCCAUGGCUCCACCAAUAAUGCCCCCAAUAAUGCCUACCGGUAUGCCUCCGUUGAGUCAGCCCCCUCCCGGAAGGCCGGCAUUCCAUGGGCCGCCACCCACGAUUGGUUCUCGUCCGCAGAUGUACAACCACAUCAACAGUCAACAUGACAAGCACCGAGUACCGAGUGUACAGGUACCGAAUCCAGCGCCAACAUACGACGGCCCGGUUAUCACAGUCUUCAUUGGUAACAUCAGUGAUAAGGCACCGGAUCCAAUGAUAAAGAAAAUUCUGGCCUCUUGCGGUACUGUUAUCAACUGGAAGAGGGUGUCCACGUUCGGGUUCUGUGAGUACGACGGUGCAGUGGCAGGUGCACGUGCCGUUCGGCUUCUACAUGAUUUGGAAAUCGAUGGCAAAAAGUUGGUUGCCAAGGUUGACGCCAAAAACAAAGCUCUACUGGAUAAUCAUAAGGAGGAAGAGACUGACACCGGUGAUGAAAAACAGGAACGGAGGUGCGACGAUGAAUCUACGGAUUUGAUUAGCCGGAUUUUGGAAGAAUUUCGAGAUGAGCUAUCGGGGGCGGACAACGCGGAUGACGAUGCUGCCCCAACAAAGCAAAAGAAACAGCUUCAGUCCGUGCAUAUUGAAGAGGGUAAGCGAGAAAUCAUCAGUCAAGAGAUUGGCAAAUUCCGUAAAUAUACCGAAGCCGAGGAACUGAAAAAGGAAAAGGAAAAAGAGCGGAGAAAAGCUCGGGACGAGAAAAAAUCGGAAAAGGCUGACGGGGAUAAGAGAAGGUCGGCUUCACCUAAAAAAGAGAAGGAGAAAGAAAAGAAGUCACGAAGACGGAGCAGGUCACGAUCGCGGGACCGCGAACGGGAGCGGGAACGAGAACGGGAACGCGAGAAGGAACGGGAACGUGAAAGGGAACGGGAACGUGAAACCCGUGAACGUAUCGAGCGGGAGAACCGCGAACGGGAAGCGCGGGAACGGGAACGCGAACGGGAGCGUGAAAGAGAACGGGAACGAGAACGGGAGUUGCUGAAUCGUAACCCACGGGACAUUCAGAAGGAGAAAGAGGUGGAAGAGGAAGCCAGAGAUCGUAGGAAGGCCGAAAAGAAGGCUAAGGAAAAGGAGGCCGCCUAUCAGGAGAGACUGCGAAACUGGGAGGCCCGAGAGCGGCGCAAGACUAAGGACUACGAGAAAGAGCGCGAACGAGAACGAUGCAAGGAGGAGGAACGGGAGAGGGAAGCUAAGCGGCUGAAGGAAUUUUUGGAGGAUUAUGAUGACGAAAGAGAUGAUCCGAAAUAUUACAAGGGAAGAGAGCUACAGCGGCGCCUUGCGGAGCGAGUUCGUGAAGCCGAUCUGGACUCGAAGGAUCGCAACAAAGAACAGGAAGAACUUGAUGAGCUGAAGAACAAAAUCUUCUCAGGCGAAUACGACAACCCAACGUUAGAAUUUGAAAAGUUGAAAAAACAACGGGAGGAAUUGUACCGACCCAAAAUUUUGAUCGAUGUAAACUUGGAGCAAUCGCAGCAACGCGAACGUGAGCUGGAACGUGAACGGCAGCGUGAGUUGGAGCGACAGCGUGAUAAGGAACGGGUCCGGGCCAACAAGGAACGGUACGUGUUGGCGCAAGCAUCUCGCGAGUUGGCCGCCAUCGAUGCGGAACCGAUUGAGUCCGAUUCAAGUGGUCACGACGAUAACAACUUUGACUCUCCCGGUAUGAUUGCCAUCAACACCAACAAUAACAACAACAACAGCAACAGUAAUCACCACCACCAUCAUCACCAUAUCGCUGGCAACAAUUUGCCACUUCAUCCGCAGCAUGCCGGAUCGGAGACGCGAGAUUCGUUUGGGUUCAAUUCUGUGCCGGCAGCGGUGCACGAUAGUGGAGAAGGUAUGAUGGAUGCCGAAGAUGACGCUUCCCGUCAUUCGAUGCGAUCGAACUCAAACAUGAUGAUGAUGCACAGCCCGGGAGCAAACAGUAACAGUGAAAUGAAUUCUCUACCGGAGAAACCGCAGCCCAUUGCGCCUACCAUCAGUCUCAGCUUGAAUGCAAAUGCUAAAAAGAAGAAGCUUGAAAUGAAAGACGUUUUCAACAGCAUGGAAGACGACGGUGAAGAGUCGAAUGGUCCCAAGAAACGGAAAUUGGUCCCGCUCGCUCCAGAUGAUGAAACGAAAGCACAAAAUUCUGCAUCUGCUGUGGCGGCGGCAGCGGCUGCUCAAACUGGUUCGUCCCAGCACUCGAGUUCGAAAAGUUCCUCCAAAAAUAAGGGCGGCGAAGAUGCUUCCGGUUCCAGCAGUCGGUCCACACGGGAUACCAUCAAAUCACAGGAGGAGAAACGGCGACACAUCAAGAGUAUUAUCGAUAGAAUUCCCACUGAGAAGAACGAUUUGUUCAAUUAUCCGCUGGACUGGAACGAGAUUGAUGCCACGAUCGAGAAGAAAAUUCGUCCGUGGAUCAAUAAGAAAAUUAUCGAAUAUAUCGGUGAACCGGAACCGACCCUGGUGGACUUUAUCUGUUCGAAAGUGCUGGCCGGCAGCACCCCACAGGGAAUACUGGAUGAUGUCAUGAUGGUUCUGGACGAAGAAGCCGAAGUGUUUGUGGUUAAAAUGUGGCGCUUGCUAAUAUACGAAGUUGAAGCUAAGAAGGUUGGCCUAACCAAGUAGUAACCAACCCUUUUCGGUGGAAAGCCCAGGUACAUCCCGCCACUAUUAGAUUGUAAACAGUUUUUCUUUGUUUGUUUGUUUGUUUGUAAAAACAGAUGAAUCCGAACACCCAUUUUUGCGCCUAACGCAACUGCUGCAGUUGAAUUCUAUGAUCCCCGUUAGUGUUCGCGGUACAUCAAUGUGACCUUCCGUCGCGGUUUUCAUCGCGUCUGACGUCUAUUAUUCAUGAUUUUACUCUAGUAAGGUGUAAUCUACGUCAUAAGCUACCAUACAAAUUAUGCUCUGAAGAACAGAAGUGACAAAUAGAACAAAACUUGAGUUUAUUAUUUCACUAUUUUUUCAUUAAUCAAGAAAGAACUCAACUUUUCAAGUCCGGAAGAAGAUGAAACAAAAAACAUUACAGAGUAACAGUUUGUGUAUAUGUUUGUGCGCGUGUUUUUUGUUUGUUUGUUUGCUGUAAUAACAACAUCAACAACAGCUAGUUUAUUUGCACCGUCAUAAUCACCGACAAAACAUUCUACACGCAGAUGUCUGUCACCGGCUCAUCAUCCGGGGGAUGUCACAGCUCCGCUCCGGCAACCGGAAACCGUGCAGUGUGUGCGACGUCGGGCGUAGAUGGUAAUGAGUAAGAUGUGAGUAAAAAAAAAUCAGCUAAUUAUAUACAUAUUGAAUAAACAAAAUCCAACAAUACACACCAGCAAAGAAUCUAGAAAUUAUGAUACCAAUAUCUUGCUGCAAAACAAAAAAAACAUAAAUUCUUCAUAGAUAAAUAAUGAGCGAAAUAAAAUCAAGUCACAGUUUCAAAA